GCGGUAAUAGCGGCGAACUGUUGCUCAACUCGCCAUAACGCGGGCUCGUUCAAAGCUCCUCCACUGUCUGUAAUGUUACCCGGACACGAUUACAAUCUCGACUCUGGACGAUGUAUCGAUAGCUUGAGUUACGUGUGAGACUUUCGCCCCCAGGGUACCCGCUCCUCAGGGGGCUGUUGUCAAAACCCAGACAGCUGAGAGUCACGUGACAUGACGUGUAACCAGCAUGGCGGCGCUGAGCUGAGGUAGCGACUCGACUGGACUGACACCGAUAGCCUGUCUUUCGUUAGCUUCCCCUUGUCACCUGCUUACUCGCAGGGCCAGGCCGAGAAUGACGGCCUGAGAGAGAAGCGGCAACACGAGCGAGAGAUGCAGCAACAACACCAGCGGGCCCCACAGCAGCAUAACUCACACUCAAAGGCAGAAAACAGCAAAACUAAGAGCAUGUUUCUGUCCAGGGCGCUCGAAAAAAUCCUCUCGGAUAAGGAGGUGAAGAGGAGUCAGAACAGCCAGCUGCGUAAAGCCUGUCAGGUGGCUCUUGAUGAAAUCAAGGCGGAGCUUGAAAAGCAAAAGGAUGGCACCGUGGUCCCACCCAGAGCCAACUACAUAGAGGCAGACAAAUAUGUGCUGCCCUUUGAGUUGGCUUGUCAGUCAAAGUCCCCCCGGAUAGUGAGCACUUCCCUGGACUGUCUGCAGAAGCUGAUAGCGUACGGCCACAUCACAGGCAACGCCCCGGACAGCCGGACCCCGGGCAAGAGGCUGAUCGACCGGCUGAUGGAAACCGUCUGUAACUGCUUCCAGGGCCCGCAGACCGACGAGGGAGUCCAGCUGCAGAUCAUCAAGGCGCUGCUGACGGCGGUGACCUCCCCCCACAUAGAGAUCCACGAGGGCACCGUGCUGCUCACCGUCAGAACCUGCUACAACAUCUACCUGGCCAGUCGCAACCUCAUCAACCAGACCACGGCCAAGGCCACGCUCACACAGAUGCUCAACGUGAUCUUCAUACGCAUGGAGAGCCAGGCCGCUCUGGAGGCUCAGGAGCAGGAGAAGGACCGGCUCCGCCUGCCCCCCCAGAACCCCUCCCCGGUCCCGGGUAACCUGCGGUCCAGCUCCCCCCGCUCGGACCGCACACUCACUCCAGAGCCCCAGAGCUCCCCCUCCCCGGCAGCCAGUUCUCCAGACCUCACUGCCACCAACACCACCAGCUCCACGCCCCCACCCCCAGCCUCUGACCAGGACCAGGAGCACGAGCAGGAGCAAGCUUCAGAAUCUCCGUCAACGAAUGGAGAACCUGAGAGCGGCAAAACUCCAAAGAAUGGGGUUGAAGAACAGAUCACACCAUCAACAGAUUCGGUUUUUGAAGAUGGCGGUGCAGAGGCGCCUCCUCCAGCAGCGGAGCCAGCUGAGGAAGGAGACAAACUGCAGAGCGAUGUAAAUCCAGCUGAGUCAGCAGUGGCUGAAGCAGAGGAGGGGGAGCAGACCCCGGCACAGACACGCAGUGGAACAGAAGGUGAGCACCCAGCCCCCCCUGUGGAAGAGCAGACAGAGGUGACUCCCCCCAGAGUCAGAACAGAGGGUCAGCAGAUGAACGGCAUCAUUGAGGACCGCUCUUCUGUUUCCUCCACAGAUAUGCUGGAUGCUGACGCUCUGCAAGGACCCCACGGUGCCGCCCGGUUCUCCCACAUCCUGCAGAAAGACGCCUUCCUGGUGUUCCGCUCUCUCUGCAAACUCUCCAUGAAGCCUCUGGCUGAAGGACCCCCAGACCCAAAGUCCCAUGAGCUGCGCUCUAAGAUCGUCUCCCUGCAGCUGCUGCUCUCCGUGCUGCAGGGCGCCGGCCCCGUGUUCCGCACCCACGAGAUGUUCGUCAACGCCAUCAAACAGUAUCUGUGCGUGGCCCUGUCCAAAAAUGGCGUCUCCUCCGUGCCUGAGGUCUUUGAGCUCUCGUUGGCCAUCUUCCUCACCCUGCUCUCACACUUCAAGGUCCACCUGAAGAUGCAGAUUGAGGUGUUUUUUCGGGAGAUUUUUCUGACCAUCCUAGAGACAUCGACCAGCUCCUUUGAGCACAAGUGGAUGGUUAUCCAGACACUAACACGCAUCUGUGCAGAUGCCCAGUGCGUGGUUGACAUCUACGUGAACUAUGACUGUGACUUGAAUGCAUCCAACAUCUUUGAGCGGCUGGUGAGCGACCUGUCGAAGAUCGCUCAGGGCCGCAGCGGGCAGGAGCUGGGGAUGACUCCUCUGCAGGAGCUGAGCCUACGUAAAAAGGGUUUGGAGUGUCUGGUAUCCAUCCUAAAAUGUAUGGUGGAGUGGAGCAAAGACAUGUAUGUCAACCCGAACCUUCAGGCUAACCUCGGCCAGGAGCAUCCCUCAGAAAGUGACGGUGGAGAGCUGAAGCUCCCAGAGCCGCUGGUUGGACGUCGAGACAGCAUCAGCUCGUUGGACUCCACCGUGUCCUCCAGCGUGGCGCUGUCCCAGGCCGACCACCCCGAGCAGUACGAGGUCAUCAAACAGCAGAAGGACAUCAUCGAGCAUGGCAUCGAACUUUUCAACAAAAAGCCCAAGCGAGGUAUCCAGUACCUGCAGGACCAGGGCAUGCUGGGCUCCACAGCCGAGGACAUUGCCCAGUUCCUGCACCAGGAGGAGAGACUGGACACUACCCAGGUGGGAGAGUACCUGGGCGAGAACAUCAAGUUCAACAUAGAGGUGAUGUACUGCUACGUGGACCAGCUGGACUUCUGUGGGCGGGACUUUGUCUCGGCGCUCAGAGCGUUCCUGGAAGGCUUCAGGCUGCCGGGGGAGGCUCAGAAGAUCGACAGGCUGAUGGAGAAGUUCGCUGCUCGAUACCUGGAGUGCAACCAGGGACAGAUUCUGUUUGCCAGUGCAGACACUGCCUAUGUGCUGGCAUACUCCAUCAUCAUGCUCACCACCGACCUGCACAGCCCUCAGGUGAGACACGCUAUCAAAAUGCCUUCAAAAAGAUGAAAUGUGACACAGGAAGUCCAGUUUGAGUACACAUCAAUGAGCUUGAAUGCUAAAACACAGCACAGUAGUUUAUAACACUCUCAAACAGGAUUUUACAACUCACGAAUCCAACCGCAGUUACAGUUGUUAUAUAUUUUGGCACUCCAUUUGUAAACUGUAAAAAGUGAUCUACCAGCACUUGCAUGUGGUUUUUCUGGGUGACUGUGUUUCUUCACCGGAGUCCUCUAUGCUGGCAACGUAUCUGUCUCAAAGCGACCUUCUAUAAAUAGCUGCUGCCCCUGAUUUAUCUCUGCUGACAGACCACCGAGUCAGAGGAAAUUGCUUCUGAAAUGUCAAGUCUGGGAAAAGCAGGUGUAAAAUAUGGCUCACUGUGACACACACCUU